AUGGUUGAGGAUAUUUUGAAAGCGCUCUCCAUUGGUAUCAUCACAUUCUAUCUUGUCAAGUUCGUUUCAUUCCUGCUGCAGCCGUACACGUCUCCCCUGCGAGAUGUCCCAGGCCCUCCAUCAUCGAGCUGGUUCCUAGGGAACAUCAAUAACAUUCUUAAUUCUCAACCAGCUGUGCUACAGGAAGCAUGGACAGACAAGUACGGGAAGACUAUUCACUAUAAGGGUUGGUUCAAUAGGGACCGGUUGUAUACCCUCGAUACACGCGCAUUGGGUCACAUUCUCAAUCAUUCGAACGAUUAUUUCAAGCCAGAACUCGCUCGCCAUACGCUGUCAAGCAUCCUAGGAGAAGGUCUUGUAGUAGCUGAAGGCGAGCAGCAUCGUCGCCAGGCAAGCUUUAUGAACCCUGCCUUCGGACCGACACAGAUCCGGGAAUUAACUGACAUUUUCGUGGACAAGGCUAUUCAACUACGCGAUGUUUGGAACUGUAUGAUACAAGAGGACAAUCAGCCCGCUCGAAUUGAAGUUCUGAGCGGCUUGAGCAAGAUGACUUUAGAUGUCAUCGGACUUGCAGGAUUCAACCACCAGUUUCACUCGCUGGAAUCCGAUGGUAGUGAUGACGAGCUGGGCAAGGCCCUGCGCGUUAUGUUGAGGUCGACGUCGGGGUGGAAUGUAUGGCUUCCUGCGCUCGCGUACUUCUUCCCUCCGCUGCGGUUGCUGUCCCACAUGAGCGAUGGUGCUCAUGCUAGGAAGGUCAUGACCCGCAUUGGUCUGGAACUCGUACGAGAGAAAAAAAUACAAAUCACAAAAGCUGCCCUUGAAGCAAGUAAAGAUGGCGCACAAGAACGCCUGCACGGGCGCGACCUCCUGACAAUACUUGUGAAAGCAAACAUGGCGUCUGACAUUACGGAAAGUCAGAGGAUGUCAGAUGAGGAUGUCUUGGCUCCAGGGUACGAGACAACGAGCGUCGCGACAACAUGGUGUCUUUUUUCUCUAAGCCAGGCCCCCGAGGCGCAACAGAAGCUCCGCGAGGAGCUUUUGGCCAUGUCGACCGACACUCCAUCGGUAGAUGACCUCACCGCGCUACCCUACCUGGACGCCGUCAUCCGCGAGACGUUGCGCUUGCAUCCGCCCAUCCACACCAGUAUCAGGGUCGCAGAGAAAGACGAUGUCAUCCCGCUGGAUACUCUGUAUGUCGACGCGAAGGGACGCACGCAUGACUACGUGAGGGUCACCAAAGGAACCAUCAUCGACGUUCCGAUUGUAGCGCUCAACAGGUCGAAAGAGCUGUGGGGCGAUGAUGCUCACGAAUUCAAGUAUGAAUCGGUCCCUGCAGCCAUCCAUGCGGUUCCGGGAAUAUGGAGCAAUACGAUGGCCUUCCUGGGCGGGCAGCAUGCCUGCAUAGGCUAUCGUUUCGCACUAAACGAGAUGAAAGCCCUUCUUUUUGUCCUGAUCCGCGCAUUUGAGUUCCAGCUCGCUGUUCCGCCGGCAAAGAUAACAAGUUCUGUUCGAACGAUGAUCCAGCGGCCCGUCGUCUGUGACGAGGUGGAGAAGCACAGUCAGCUGCCCAUGCUGGUGAAGCGUUACGUGGGCUCUUGA